AGCUACCCACACCCGGAUGUUGUUCUAGUAACCGGGUUGUCAGUCGCACCAGAACUGAAAGUACGCACAUAAAUCGAGAUUUAUUUACUAAUAUUUUAAUUAUUUUGCUUACGUUUGGAGUUGUAGAAGGUUUGUAGAAGAAGAACAGGAAUUGCAGACAGUUUACACAAAACGAUGAGUGCAGCUGUAUGUUCAAUCUGUGAGGAUUCUUCGUGUGGCCUUGCCACGUGCAUUCCAUGUGGCCAUGUUUUUGGCAAGAAGUGUAUCUCCCAGUGGAUGAGGACAUCGUACAACAACGGCUGUCCUACUUGUCGAGAGAGGAUCCAAAAAGUGCAGAGAAUCUUCUUGGAUAACGACAGUAUAGGUUAUCAAGACUAUAAAGAAAAUACUCCUAAGACAGAUCGUGGGAAAAUCGUACAGCUUAAAGAGAAAACAGCUCAGGCUAAAAUCUGGUGGAACAGGCGUAACAGUGGUGUACAGAUUUUCAUCAUCUUCCUUCUCGUUCUCGGACUUUCUGUUGUUGUCCAUGAUGCAAACAACGAACGUGGAGUUAUCCAGGUGUUUGCCCGACCGUUCCUGUAUGUAGGACGAUUUUUCCUGUAUAUAGGACGAUGUUUACUCAAUGUCCUGUUCGUGAUAUGCUACUUUGUUCCGUAUCUGGUGUCCACAGUUUUCGUUAUUUUAAAAUACUUGUUUUCCAUUUUAUUCUUCCUCUUAAAAAGUCUUGGUAAUGCGGUCGUAAUCCUGCUGAAGUAUACUGUUAAGAUGUUGUAGUUGGUGAUCGUCGUCCGUGUGUUGUACGCGUUGGCACCGUGUUCAUUUGGGCUAUUCCUACUGACGAACAUACUUCCUAAAACUGACUUUUUCAAAACAAUGGUGGACCUUCUUCACAUUUGGACAGGUGGUUUGAGGCGACCAUACAAUCAUCCGUCAUAAUUGGUUGAUAUUUUACUCAAGAUAAACAAAAUAAAAAUAAUUAUAUAUAUAAAUUAGAGAAUGAGCUAGGUUACCUAAAAGAAACACAUCCUCGUAACUGCUCAUCCACAUUGUCAUUUGCUACAUCAUUUCCAUCUUAAUUUGUUCAGUCAUUGGGUUCUGUUCUGGAUCGGGCAUCAAACUAUUUUCAGCUUGUUGAUUAUGAGUGUGACUUUAUCUAUGACCUUUUGAUCAGCAUAUAGGAUGUAAAUGUCAAUUGUGAAAGGUACUAAGAUGCUAACAACUGUUACCUUUUCAAUGAAUGUGAACAUUUUGCUGCUAAAAUUCUUGUCUCUGUUAGCAAGUGUUCCUGUAUUUAUGGAAUGUGAUAAUAAAUGCUGUAUUUAU